UUGAAAGACCGGAAGCAGCGCAAACGUCUGUUGUAGUGCGUUGGUGGGAAGGAGUGACUUGAAGUGGCAGAUUUGUCCCUUUUUUUGACUAAUGCCAACGUUUUAUAGGGUGGAAACAUGGAAUCAGAAGGGCAUACAGGAGGGCUCAAAGAGUUUGAGACUGUGGAGAUUUCGGAGCGUACCGCAGGGAAGGUGAAGGUUCCCCGGAGGAUCAUUCACUUCGCCAGUGGAGACACCAUGGAGGAGUACAGCACUGAUGAAGAGCAGGAGGAAGAAGAUAAACAAGUGAAGCAGGAGGUUGUUGCAGUUGAUGCGUCCAGACUGACCUGGGGCCCUUAUUUCUGGUUCCACAUGUGGAGAGUGGCGACCUCCACUAUCUCAGUGUGCGACUACAUGGGGGAGAAAUUGGCCUCUCUGUUUGGCAUCACCAGUCCUAAGUACCAGUAUGCUAUCGAUGAGUACUAUCGCAUAAAGAAGGAGGAGGAGGAGGAAGAGGAGGAGAACCGUCUCGCUGACGAGGCUGAGCGCACGUUCGCACCGCAGGGGAGAGGCGAGCCGGACAAUCCUGCUGCGGUGAAGGAGCAGCCAGGAGCGUCUUUUGUAAACGUCAGCUUUGAGAUGGAACCCGAGUCCUCACUCAGGAAUCCCGAUCCAAAUAGAGUCCCGUCCCCUCUCCCGUCUUGAAAAACCCAAACUGAUUCACACUCUUUACAUUGCUGGUUAAACCUGAACUUACUCAGCUCCACGCACUAAUUUUUAUUUUCUGUUUUCUUUUUUUUUACGUUUAUAACAGAGUAAUUUAGUUAUACCAGUGGAAGUGGCUGCACAAGCCGUCCCUGUGAAUGUGACUUUAAAUGUUGCAUUUAAUCUAUGCAAAACUUAACAUCAGCCUGGAUAUGAGCUCUUGGUUGAGACAGUGAAGUAAAAGCUGGGUUGUUGCUUUGCGCAUCGAUCUCAGUUAUUUUUCCUCAGUUAUAAGGAGUUGAAACGGACCAGGGUGGGUAUGGAUGUGUAUACUUGAAAAACAUUUGACCAGAUUUGAUAACCGUGUACCUUAGCAGGUGUGUCAACACUUUUUAGCUCAUUGUCUUGUUUCCCAGACUGUCCCCAGGAAAGGCUUGUUCAAUCCUACUCAGUAAAAAUACCAGGAUGGGGUCUGUUCAAUCUGUAACAAGAUUUAGACACGUCCUUUUUGUCAAAGUAUAAUAACAAAACCCAGGUUUUCCCAGCAGCAUAUUGCAUCGUACCGAUUAAAACAAUUCUUUACCCCAAGGUUUGUGCUACAGGCAUGUUUCAAGUAGAAACGCAUUUAGAGCCUUUAAAGAAGAUGUAACGGACCAGAUGGUGGUUUUGAUUUGGCAGAUGUUCCAGAUGAGUAUGAAAUAUAAAUGAAUGGUGUAGUCUUGUAUUUCAAUGAUGCCAAAAAAACAAACAGGACUCCUGAAUGUAAAAAUGCAUUUAGAACCAAACAAGUAAAAAAAGGUUUCAAAUUUCAACAAGAUGUCUGAGACAGCUCCAUGUGCUGACUCCUCUUCAACUGUGAACAAAAGGUCAAACACCGGUGUAUCUGCCUUAUUAUAAAAGGAAAUUCAAGUCAAUUUAUUUAAGAGCUUUACAUUUGUAUUAUAUUAAGUUUGGUUGUAAUCCCAGAGAAGAGGAUUUAUUAGUAUUUGAUUACACUCCAACAGAUGUUUAUAAAUGUCACUUCUUUACUUUGAUGAGCCAGUGAGAGUCUGCAGACUUGAGGCAAUAUGUGACUCCAGGAGCUCUUGGAAUCUGCACAGAAUAAUCUAUUAAUGUUAAAAUAUACUGAUGGAUAUCAGUUUGUAGCGUCGACUGCACAGCUUGUGUGUUUGAGUGUCCUUGCUUUGCUAGUCUCAAGCUUCUUACUGCUGAUAUCACUACUUUGACAGGCUUCAGCUCUCUCAGGAGAGUUAACUCGAGUCAUACGUGUUGCUGACAGAAACAAAAGUCCGAAUUUAAUCUUCCGCCUGAAUAUAUUCUGAUAAACGUCUUUGAUUAAUAAAACAACUUGGUGUCUUUGUGUGUGAAAAGAAGAAACUGCAAUAGAUUUAUUUUUCCAACUGGAGUCUAUUGUUUGCACAUGUAUAUUUUCAGUUUUAAUAAAUUUUAAAUAACAGAA